ACCGCUAUCUGUCAGAAAAAACAUCCCGAGCUGAAAUCCGCUACACGGACACACUUCUCCCGACACCACCGCGGUCUGGUUGUUAUUUUACGGGGUUUGUAGCCUCUCCGGACACACAGAGAGAACAUGCCCGCACUGAGGUAACCGUCCCCGGGCUGCUGCUGCCUCCUCAGCCGGCUGAAGGACAGGAGCAGGACGGACAGACCCAGAUGGAGAGGCCGGGCAGGCUGCUGCUGCUGUCCGAGCUCCGCGUCAGAAACGCGGCGUACGACGUGAGCCUGAGCCGGUCCCUGCUCACCUGGAAGAGACGGAUCUCCAGCCCGGUGUACCACCCGUUCAGACCCAGUGUGUGUCACAGUGUGUCAGUGUCAGAGAUCAUCUCUGUCAGAGAGGAAGAGGAGGAAAACAGCAGCAGAGGAAGAGACGAUGGCAGCUGGAAAAAGAUCAAGGAGAGAGAAGGAAAGGACUGCAGGCAGGCCUUCACAGUGUUGUAUGUGGAGAGGUGUCAGCAACACCGCUGGCGGUGUGCUGAGGUCACCUUCACGUGUCCAGAGGGGGCGCUGUGUCAAUGCUGGGUCAACAGCAUCAGAGAGCAGCUCGCAGCUAUCACCAGCAGACCAAAACACCUGCUGGUCUACAUCAACCCAUUUGGCGGGAAGAAACAGGGAAAACGCAUCUACGAGCAGAAGGUCGCCCCGCUGUUCGCCCAGGCAGGCAUCUCCACGCACGUCAUCGUGACGGAGUACGCCAAUUAUGCAAGGGAUCACCUCAGGACGGAGGCGGAGCUGAAGAAGUUUGACGGGGUGGUGUGUGUCGGAGGGGACGGCAUGUUCAGUGAGAUCAUUCAUGGGCUGAUCUGGAGGACGCAGAUCGACGGUGGCGUAGAUCCAAACUGUCCGGAGGAAACGCUGUUUCCCUGCUCGCUUCGUAUUGGAAUCAUUCCUGCAGGCUCAACAGACUGUAUCUGCUUCGCCACUGUGGGCACCAACGACCCCGUGACCUCUGCACUGCACAUCAUAGUGGGAGACUCUCAGCCGAUGGACGUGUGCUCAGUUCACCACAACAACACCUUCCUGCGAUACUCCGUCUCCCUGCUGGGAUACGGUUUCUACGGCGACGUGCUAACUGACAGCGAGAGGAAGAGAUGGAUGGGACCAGCCAGAUACGACCUCUCAGGUGUGAAGAUGUUUCUGACUCAUCAUUACUAUGAAGGAACAGUGUCCUACCUCCCAGCCAGAGGCAUCAUGGGAACUCCGCGGGACACCGCCAGGUGUCGAUCUGGCUGUGUGGUUUGUCAGCACAACGGGCAGCUACUUUCAGAGAAGGCUGAGAAGUAUGAGAUGGAUGAAGCAUCAGACAGCGAAAACGACAGCGAGUGGAGGACAAUCCGAGGGAAGUUCCUGGCUAUAAACGCUGCCAGUAUGAGCUGUGCUUGUCCUCGCAGCCCCAAAGGCCUCUCACCUGCAGCUCACCUGGCUGAUGGCACCACUGACCUCAUCCUUGUCCGAAAAUGUUCCCGCUUCAACUUCCUCAGACACCUCCUACGUCACACCAGCAAAGACGACCAGUUUGACCUGACCUUUGUUGAGGUCCACCGGGUUCGGCGUUUCCGCUUCACACCGCGUCACUGCCAGAGCGACUCAGACCUGGACCUGCGGGAGAACGGCAAACACCAGCUCUUCAGCCAGAUCUGCCGAGACCACCCGGCUUGCGGCUGCGCCCCCGCCUACAGCAGCUGGAACUGCGACGGCGAGAUUCUGACCCACACGGCCAUCGACGUCAGAGCGCACUGCCAGUUGAUCAAGCUGUUUGCACGAGGCAUCGAAGAACCCACGGUGUUUGAGGAGCUCAACAACCCCUGUGCAAUAUAGGUCCACACCCCCAUUAUUCCCCGUCAGACACUGGAGUCAUCUUUCUGUUUCCAGCCAUGGCCUACAUCACUGUUGUAGUCAUGUGACACUCAGCACAUCCUUCACCAGGAGACUUGACAGAUAUACAGAGUUGUGCUGUUACUGUUACAAAGAUAAGUAGUAGGGAAGGAGACAAAGCUUUACUUUCUUGGUCUGACAGUCCGAAAUGAUUUCCUCACAGACAGGACGUGAGGUGUAGUCUCCUUAAAAUGUCCUGAACAGCUUAAAAUAUAUUCCUUGGAAACUAGCACCGGUUUUAAAGAAAUAAUCAGGAAAUGAUGGAUCUGGAGAGUAAAGCUUCACCCUCACAUUUUGUUCUGGGUGACACUGUUGGUGUUGAAUGAUUGAUGGGUGUCUGGCACCUGGUUUGUUUUUAAUAUUGAACUCCAGUCCUGCCCUCUUUGAUAAUAUUUUUUUUACCAACAAUCCUCAGAUCGUGACUGGAUGAUCUUGUUACCGUUGAGGUUACAAAUGCUGCCUGUAACAGUUACAUAACAUGUAAACAAACAACACAGACUUGUUUCUGUGUUGCCCAAAGUGUCGCCCUGCGUGUCACUGCCUGUAGAGUCAGCUGAAGUCUUUUUCUGUUAUCUCAGACUUGUUUUGGGCCACAGAUGUUUUGACUUGGACUCAUCUCUCUCUCGUUUUGACUCGAGCUUGUUAUAGGUGUUUUGACUUGGUGUUGCCGUCAUGUCAGCCACCUUACGUGUUACAGACUUUUGUCUUGACCAAGUCCAGGGGUCUCAUUUAUAACCGUUGCGAACAUGCAAAACGUGGCCUGAAGAGGCUGCACCACUUUGAAAAGUUGUGAUUAAACUCGAUAGGAAAGUGAUCCAUAACUUUUCCAUAAGCACGUUUUAGUUGUAAGAAAAUAGCCGAACCAAAUCUCAAAUAAAAUUUCACUCAAUAUCUUGUCAAUAUCAAUAUCUGUCUCACCAUCUCAUUUGCCCAGAGUGCAGAGGAGAGGGCCGACUGUAUGACGCCGACACUCCAGGCACUUCGUGUACAUAUUUACCACCUGAACAUAUGGAUUGUGUAAAUUAGCAAAGUCUGGAAAUAAUGACGGAGACAACUCUCGCACAAUCAUUACACUCCAUAUUCUUAUUUUAGGUCCUAAGGCAAAGUUUACCAUGACAGGUCAGAGGUCCAAAACAUCAGUCGGAAACCCCUUAGUCGGCUGAGAUUCUUUCAUAUUGAGCAGUUGUUGUUUUUUUUUUUUUGUCUUCAGGAAGUUUUGAUCCCCAGAAUCAGCUGCAGAGUGAGUGCUCCCCGUUUUCACACCGCUUUUUAGUACGGGCAGCUGCAGACACAGAGGCAGCUGCCUGGAGGAAGAGAGGCUUUGCCCGCUCAGGCUCCAAGGUAACGUUAUCUUCAGCCUUCUGCUACAAAUGGUGAAUUUACAGCUCACAGCAGUGUAACAUGAUGUAGUCUCUAGUAUUCUUUGAUAUCAAGUGCCAGCAAAAACUGUUGUUGCACGUUAGCACAGCUCUCACCUUGAACGUUCUGCUGAACCCCAUUCAAACUGUCAAACUCUAUUUGGAAAAAAAGAAACAAAUAGUCAAAUAUUUGUAUUGAACAGCCAGAUCCAGUUCGACUGACAUAAUCCUGAGUCCUGUACAACCCUAGUAAGCUUCCAUCUUUAAAUGAUAUCCCAGGGUGAGGGACACCACUGACUGUCGCGAUCAUUUUGGCAAGGUUUGAAACAAUCAGUCUGAUUGCUGUAAUUGCAUAAAUACUGCCAUAACACCGUUUUAGCUGUGACUCACCACAGGUAACUUCUGAUUGGCACACUUAUUUCUAUGCAACAGCAUUCAUGAGGUGCUUUGCAUUGAUCACGUGCGGACGAUUCCACGGUGAUUUGGGAUUUACAUUGCACACUGUCGGACUCACCCACGCACUUGAACAAUUUCACUCUGAAUUCUAUGUACUGUUUUAUAAAUGAGACCCCAGAUGUUUUCUCAGUGUAGGCGACGCUGCCGUCAGUCAGCUGUCGGGGGUUUUGACACGGACUCGACCCCGUUUGGACUCGGCUUUGACUUGUUCACAAAACCACUCUAGAUUAGAUUUAAAUGUCUAUAUUUCCUUCUGUGUUUGUGAUUUUAUUUUCAAACAUCUCAUCUCAGUCGAGAUGAGUUUUUCCUUUAUCUCGGACUCGUCAUGGUCUUGGUGAUUGUUUCAUUUCGCUGUUUUCUCCGUAGUCUGUGUUUUGACUCUGACUUGUCUACAUUCUGGCCACCAGUUAUUCUCAUCUGUUAUUGCGAUCUUGACGUGAGCCCGACCCCUGUUUGGACUUGACUGACUGGAUUGAUUUUUAUUUGUUAUGUUUGUUGUAUUUCUCCAUAUUAUUUGGUAGUGUUGUAGUACUCAAGUCUGGUCUUGAGUCCGAACUCGAGACUUUGUUACUAUUAUCUCAGACUUGUCUGUCUUGUGAAUGUUUUGACUCAGUGCUGCCCUACAGGCUGAGUCAUCUUUAUUUAUUUAGCAUGUAAGUAGAUGUUGUUACAGAAAUGUUAGCUUCUUUGCACUUUUUGAAUAGUUUUGAUUAUUUUAAAAACUUAUUUGGAAUUUGGAAUUAUCUGUUGCAUGUUUUAAAGAUGCCAGACACCUGCCAGUCAUUCCAAGGGUCAUUGUGUUCAUUAGGGGUCAGAGGUUGAUUCUCAUUCAUGAAAAGUAGAAAGUAAAUCCCCUUCACAUGGUCAGUACUUGUGAGGAAAAAUAAGGCUGACUGGAGAUUUAGUUUCCAUGGUUGAACUUUCCUCUCAGUCAUCAUUUGUCAAGAGUUCAUUUACUUUCUGCUUCUCAAACAGCUCCAUUAGAUUUGUCUCUGAAUCUUCAUGUUUCCAUCGUUUCUCAGGAAGACCUGAGCUCGAUCGUAACUGAAACUAUAUUUUUACACGUUUUAAUUCCCAGCAAUCUAGAAAGAAAUAAACUAUGAAAAAUCUCAAAUUUUAGUUUUAGUUGAGACGAUUUUGUGUCAGUCAAGCUGGUCGUGCUGAAGAGCACACGCGUGAAUGUUUUUAAUCUUCCAUUUCUGCUCGAUAUGCAAAUGAACUGAGCAAACAGAACUCAAAGUAAAUCAUCUGAAAAAGUACAGCUUUAACACCAACGUUUCACUGAAACUGUGCAGAUGUUCUCACUUCAGAAUGAGCUAAAGUCGUAGCUGUAACUUGAGUUUACUCACAGUGUGACGUGGUGUUCUGAAAUUGUCUGUCAGGUUUAUUGUGUUUUGUAAAACUUCAAGUUAAUCAUCUGAACCUUCCACAAAUCAAACAAGAUUCACACACAGCAAAAUAUCAAAAUAACAUGGAGCAUACUGUAUCUUGAAGCUAAACAUUUGUGUGUUGGCAUUGUCAUUGUUGGCACUAAGCUCAGAGCUCCACUGUUGUCCCUUUUCCACCAAAUCAGCUCUGGUUGUUGAACCUGUUCUGUUAAAUAUUCUUGGAACCUUGGUGCUAUCUAGCAAAACAAUCCACUUUUCACAGGGUUUGAGUGUAACUAUUGAAAUUAAGGAUGGGUUAUCACUGAAGGGCAUUGCACAUUGGAGGUAAACUGCAGUGGUGUACCAGAGGUACUUAAGGUUGCGCCUAUAGUAAAGCUGAAAACACACUUGAUGCGUGUCAUGUGACGCACAAACUGGACACAUUGCUCCGCAGCUCAUCAAUAGAUGACCAUGAAAACUUAUUACUACGUUUACUGAAAGAUCUGUACUUCCUUCACCUAUGCACUGGCUUAAAAUCAUGUUUGGACAGAACCUAAUUAAACUUCAUUUCUCACCUGAAGACACAAUCUUCAGAGCUAUGACUCGCCAGUAUCUUUUUGCCCAUUGUCAUUAUAAUCACGGGAUUGUGGGUCGUUCAACUCGAGAUAUUUCUCGUUUUUUACGAGUCUCGAAAAAGAGCUGCUACAGGACUAUGUACAAGCAGAGAGUGAGUGGGAGAAAAGGCAUCUAAUUCGGGGAGGCAAGGCUGGAAAUAAGACAGUGGCGUGAAGAGCCGUGGGGUGGUGUAUUUAGGAGCACCGACACGUGUCCAGGUCGAACGUUGAAAAUAAAUGGGGCGUAUUUUUUGGCACCGUUUUUUCUGAACCGCUGACCCCAAACCCCAAUGCAAAAAUUUCUCAGAGCACCUCGCUAAAGUGCAUUCAGCAAAAUAACUUACAGUAGCAAGAUGGCAUUGAUUACCUGCGAGCUUCCACAGAAGUACUCACGGCUUGCUCUUCAGGUCAAGGAAAACCUGCUUUUUCUUUCUUUUUAUUUAUUUUUUUUUUGAUCCAGCUUGGAAACAGCUUUUCAGGUUCCACACCAAAUUAUUUUUGGUCAAAAUGGUCCAAAUGGUUCAAAAUUAGGUGCAACUGUCGCAACGGAACCUGUUUGAUGUUGGUGGAAAAGGGUUACAUUUAUAAGUACGGGCUCACAGACUGUACAUUGUUGGAUAUGUCUGAGAAAUUAUAGUAAAAUCUAAAUCUGAUCUUAACAUUUCACAACCAAUUGACAUAUGCAACCUGUGACAAGAGGUUGUAAAAAGACAUAGCCUUGUUUUAGGGAGUCUGAAGCCAAAAAUGUUGGAUUCGCUGCAACAAAAGGUUUGGACUUAUGGCCACAUAGUUUUUAAAUUUUACCCACAAAACUACAAAUAUUGUCUUUUGAAUCCAAAAAGCUAAACUGAUUGUGUAUAAAUGAAUCAACCUCACAUUUCACACAAAAUCCAGUUAGGAAUUUAUAUUGUGUUAGUGGAAGGUUGAUAUUAUUGAUUUGAAGUUUUGUCGAUUGUUGUUUUGUUGAAGGAAGCUGCACUGUAAAGUCCAGUGUUGAUAUUCAACCAUUUCUGGAUCUUUGUAGGUUUUGAAUUUUAAGCAUUCACAGCUCUAAGCAUGUCGUAGCCUCUGAUGUUAGCCAUACCUGUAGCCGCUGCUCACUGUGUCCACAGGAUCAGUUUUUACAAUCCACAUGUAGCAACAUCAUCUGUAAUUUCAUUUUUCUAUAUUCUUCCCUUCUGUUACUUACAGUAAAUAGCAAUGCACGAUUAAUAUUGAUACGUAAUCAGUGUGGGCUUUAAAAUGAGAAUUGGCCAACGUACUUUUUUUGUUUUGCGCAACGAAUGGAUAUUACAUACUUUGAAAAGUAUUGUAUUUCAUGUCUCCAUCUGCUGGUGGGCUGUCAUGAUAGAAGAAAAUUAGUUGGGGGGGAGAAAUGGAUCAGUUAUCAGCCAAAUAAGUUGUUAUGUAUCACCGUAACGGAUAUCGGCAAAAAAACAAUAUCGUGCAUCCCUAAUAAGUAGCAUGUUCUCCAUUUAGCCUCAGAAUGGUGAUGUCAGUUUGGUCCACAGAUACUUUCAGAUCAUAAAAUGUCCUGAUCUCAUUCCUUCUUUCAAGAGGAUGAAGCCUUUUCAAACCCGUUUAUCUAGUUCCAACGUCAGGACAAAUUAGACGUUUUUAGUUCCACUAGAAGCUCUAAAUCAUCAGCAUGUUAUUUGCUUUUAGGAAACACAAAUUUAAUAGAUUUGAAAUAAUGUGAUUAUUUUCCAAAACAGCGACAGAGCUCCAUAUAAGUAGAAAUCAUUUUAACUUUGACCCAGAGAUGAACCGGACAGGAAGUUGAGUAUUAACACUGGACUGUCAGACUGUAAAUGUUUGUUUGUUUGUUUGCGUAUUGUUUGUUGACAAACAAUUCUGUUUCCCUUCUGCUGACGUCGAGCUGGACUCAAACUGAUGGAGGAGGGAACCAGUAGCAGCUCACGGUGCUCCAAGACGCCAACCAGUCAGCUUUCUUUUGAUUCUAAUCUGACCAAAUACCAGCUGGGGUUUGAUGAUGUAGCUGUCUGUCUGUCUCCGACAGUUGUAACUUAACUCAGAGGUCUUCGCCGGUCCAAAGUCUUGGAUCCAAUCAGAAGUACCAGAACACAGACUGGAUCCAAAAGGGACAGUCAGAACUGGUCUUAUGUGAAUUGGAGUUGGAGGAUAGUUAGACCUGAAUGUGGUGGACCCGACCUGACCUGAGAGAGAACACCAACACUAGCUGCUUCAUGCAUCACUAAUAUACACUAUAACAACACUACAACACCUUUAGAGACCUGGUUAGACCGACUGUAGGCGUUUUUGGACCAAACAGCUCUGAGGACUCCCUGAGAAGACCUGCCUUCUGGGGAGCUUCCGUGAGAACUACAUUCCUUGGAGGGCUUUUUUAGGUUUGCAUUCACACCGCCAAAAGGAACUCCUAAGUUAUGUAUACAGGCCGGCGGUUGAUAUAGCAACUUACACUUUGAUGAUAAAGUCUCAUCGUAUGUCACCCGUCGCAUCUGUGCUCAGUAAAGCCUGGACUUCACCAUCGGCCCUUUUGUCCUCAUUUUAUUCCACGACAGCCGGAGGCAUUAAGAUUUCAGGUUGUUCAUCCGUCCCAUUCCCGUGAGUCACGAGGAUGCCUUGUGGGAAUUUCUUCAAAUUUGGCAGAAACAUCCACUUGGACUUAAGAUUGAACUGACUAGAUUUUGGUUCUCAUAGGUCACUGUGACCUUGUAUCCGUCUAAUUCUCGUGAACACAAGCGAUAACUAAUGACCAUCUUGAGAGAACUGGCACAAACGUCCACUUGGACUCAACGAUGAACUGAUUAGAAUUUGAUGGCUGAAGGUCAAAGGUCAUGGUCACUGUGACCUUGCAUCCAUCUUAUUCCUUUGAUUGCACUAUUUCAAUUAGGCCUUGAGGGAAUUUCCUCAAAUUUGGCACAAUGUCCACUUGGACUCAAGAACUGUCUGAUUUGAAUUCGGUGGUCGAAGGUCACUGUGACCUUAAAAAAUUUCACACACGUCUAACAUGAUAAAAUGACAAGGCGAUAUCAACUUCACAGAUGUAAAUUGUAAGUGCAACUUGUCUGUUUCGCUGAGGCAUUCAAUCGUGAGGCAGUAAUUCAAGUUUUUGUUGCAAGCUUUUGUUUUGUGAAGUUUGUAUGACAAACCGGUCUUUAAAAAAUGGCGGACGGAAUGCUGCAUUGGCUCAUGUUCAGCGAAUCAGUGUAAACCUCUGGAUCAAUCACCUUUUAACUUUCGUGGCUCAAGGUUCCUCUUGUGUCUGGAGGAAAUAAGUCCCUCAAAACAGCGUUCUAAGAACCACAGUUGCUCUUAGUUCUUGCAGUGCAGACACAAUAAAAAGCAGCAUUCUUAAAACUAUGACAAUGUUCCUUUGGUCCAAAAACUCCUUAUGUUUGUAGGAACCAAGCGGGCCUGUGAAGACCUUUUAGCUCAGUCGUCUGUCUCAUGUUGAUUUGUCUCAAAUGUUGUGUUGAUGAACAAUCAGAGUCUGAAUAUUUGCUGUAAAACCUCGUAACAACAACAAACCAAAUGUGUAAAUCAUAUGCACUCAGAGGUCGACUGAUGACUGAAGUGGACUUUUAAUCAGGAGAGGAUGGAAAUAUUUAUUUACAUUAAGCCAGCUGUAAUUGUGAAUUAAAUGUGUUUGUGCUUUAGUUCUGUAGAUUUAGUGCCCAUCAAACCAGAAACUGACCAAUUCAUUUGCAUGUUUUUAAAAUAGUCCGUGCGAGGUUUGAUGGUAAAUACACCACAAGUGACUGUAGCUAACCGCUAACAUGCUGUUUAGCAUGGCUUGCUACAAGCUAAUGAUGCGCUCCCAACUGAAAAGGCCCGGUCACACCAGGAAGUGGCAAAGCGUAAUUACGAAAAAGGUUCCACUGGAAUUAACUGAUUUCAAUGAAUUUAAAUGUUGUGACCUUUAGUUACAAGCCGCUAACUGAAAAAUAACAUUCAUGUCAGCCAAGUUUAGUUAUUUCUGAGUCAGAGAUUUCAGGAUUUCUGUUUAGAUCUCCCGCUCAGUGAAAAGAACUUAACACAUAACAACUGAUGGUCAAAACAGGAGGUUGUCUUGUUCAUGUUCUGCCAACACGCUUUCUACCAGUUAGCAGCUAGCAACCUCAGCAAGUUCUCCAACGCCAACGACCACAUAAGUUGUCUGUUGUCUGCGGUCGUAUUUUGGAGGAAGGUUUUGUAAGCUAGCUAUGCUAACGGCACAAUACGCACAGUCUAGUGAAGGGAACAGAAGACAAAGCUGAUCUCUUUGUGAGAUGCAGGCUAAUAUAACACAGAGUGCUGACACAGAAACAACCCCAAUUUUCCAGCUUUCUAUUCCCUAGAGUUCGACACUGUUGAGACGGUUUGAAUGUGUGAUGCAAGUUUGCAUUUUAAAGUUUAGCGAAUCCACUGAUAGUGGCAAAAACAUUGAAAUUUGUCAUUACAUUUUUGCUGAUAUGCGAAAGCAGCGCCAAGUAAAAUAAUAAAUCCUAGAUUUUAACUGAACAUGUAGAAUUAAAUCAUGAGAACAUCUCUAGUGUUGUGUCCAGUAUUUUGCAAACAGCACAUAGAGCAGGUAGAACGCAGCAUUAGUCUAUUUAGUGUCGAUUAAUAUUACCUGUCUAGUUGUCUCUAACAUGUCAAACUUAAAUGUCCACCUUUAGUUUUCAGAGUCCAAACUGAUUCUUCAGACUCUUUCACCCUCUCCCACUAACAGGGAAUAUUUUUAUUUUCAACACUGUAGUUAAAUCUGAAGCUGAACACUAGACGAUGUAGUGAAUCAGUCGACCUCUUGCUGUAAUCUGAGCUGUAACUGAUCUUUACCUUCUGCUGUAGCUGUUUCACUAUCAGGAAAUAAAAACAUAUUCAACUCUU